AUUAUAAAUUGCAUUACACACUGUAUCUGUAUUUAAUGUGAUACAAUAAAGGCUCAAUAAGCUUAUGGAACUUGCUUGUGUGAUGAUUUGUGAAUCCCCUGAGUAGAAAGCAUAGAUUUAGUCCCGCCCUGCAGAACAGAAUAGUGCUAAAAUAUAAUAUGCCUUUGAGCCAAAAGAGCCUUGGAUUGACUGUUUUUGUCACUUAGCAAUUGUGUGACUUGAGCAAAGUAUUUAAAUAGGCUCAUAUUUCAUCUCCUUUAUAAUGGGGAUUACACUUGAGAGAAGAACUAAAUGAGGUUGCACACAAAGCGCUUAGCAUAGUGCCAGGCUCUGUUAAGUCCUGGAUAAAUGUGAGCUGGGCCUGGGAAGGCGGAACAUACUGAGGAAAACUGACCAGCUGUCAUGUUUGUUUACAGUGCCUUCCCUGGUCAGCCUCCUAAUUGCUUCCCUGCAGAAUCAGAAGCGUGCAUGUAGCUCCACCUCCUUACUGGAAUUUCUUCAGUCUGGCCUUUGCCAGAACUGGUUAGUGAAGGGACCGUUUCAUCACACAACGCAACCUCGGCUGUGAUAUUCCCCCACCCGUAGCGGUUGUGCCAGUUUGUUUUCUCCUGGGACAGUGCGUUUGUGCGUCGCUGCAUGCUGGGGGUUGUAGUUCGGUUCUUCACACCUGCAUUUAGAGGGCUCAUAGAGCCGGGGAACUACAACGCCCAGAGUCCUGCGCGCCGCCGGGACCCGUCUCCCCCACGGCCGCGACAGCAGGAAAGAUGUCGGCGUCUGCCGUUCCGCCCCAGCUGUGAGCCCCUCUGUUCUUAGAAAGGAACCUGGAACGACACUCCCGGAGCAAAGGUAGCAUCAGUACACAUGUCGUGGGGCCAGAGAAACUAGGCCAAAUACUUCAGGGACGCAGCCGUUCUGCACAUCCAAGGUGUAAACUGGUUCCCCAGGUGCCAGCCGAGCCCAGCCUUGGCCUUAGAUACAUGGCCCCUUCCUUUUCUUUCUCCAGGACUCGGCCUCGGGAAGGGUUGUGGACAAGGCUAUGAGAACUCACCCUCUUCUCACAGGCCGAGUCGGGAUAUACUGGAACCCCCGGAGAGGCGGCCACUUUGACGUCUGAAGGAGGGGACAGGCUGGCAAUGAAGACUGACCCCUCGACAUCUGUAGCUCCCCCCAGGGGGGCCGGGAAGCCCUUGCAGAGCAGCGAGCCGGUGCGUGUCGCCCCAGCCCCGUCGGCGGCCGUGGUUCUGCUAGAGGAGGCGGCCGACUUCUUGGUGGUGCACCGGGACUUCCGGGCCGCGCUGCAGACUUGUGAGCGAGCCUGGCGGAGCCUGGCCAACGAUGCCCUGCUGAACGAUGCUGAGGGCACCUCCUUGGAGGUGAAAUGUUCCCUGUGUGUUGUGGGCAUCCAGGCCCUGGCGGAAAUGGAUCGGUGGCAGGAAGUCCUGUACUGGGUUCUUCAGUAUUACCAGGUCCCUGAAAAGCUACCCCCCAAAGUCCUGGAGCUGUGUGUUCUUUUAUAUAGCAAAAUGCAAGAGCCUGGAGCCGUGCUGGAAGUGGCCAGUGCCUGGCUCCAAGACGCGGACAAUCAGGGCCUUCCAGAAUAUAGAGCCUUGGCUGAACUUCACCUGCAACGGGUGCUGUUACCUCUGGGCCGCUUGUCAGAGGCUGGGGAGCUGGUGGUGGGCUCUGCAGCCUUCAGCGAGGAGCAGCGGCUGGGCGCACUCCAGGCCAUCAGCACAGUAAGGCAGCAGCAGAAGCACAAACAGCCUGGCUCUGAGGACGAGAAGCCGAACCAGGAAGGCUCCUUCUCCCACAAGUUUCUGUCACUACUGAUGUUGCUUCGCCGACUUUGGGACUCUGCUGUAAGCCACUUCCUUUCCCUGCCCUUCAAAAAGAGCCUCCUGGCUGCCUUGAUCCUCUGCCUCAUGGUGGUGAGGUUUGAUCCAGCUUCUCCUUCCUCCCUGCCCUUCCUCUGCAAGCUGGCUCAGAUCCUCCACUGGAUCCGGGACGCCAUGUUUUCUCCCCUCCACCAGCUCAGCACCCACGACUGAGUGGUCUUCACCAUUCAUUUCAGCCUCUGCUUCCUGCGGAAGAGUAACUCGUCCAUGGCAGCCAAUUUCCUGCCGCUGGCUGGGCCCCUACAGGAUUGGCGAUAGUCUAAUUCCUGGAAGAGCUGAGCCUAUCACGUGACCUGUGUCUUGCUGCCUGAUACUCUUCCAUUUGCACCCCACUUUGGCUGGUGUCGGUAGAUCAUGUGGAAACAAAGCCAGGCCAGAGGGGACAUGUCCUCCAGAACAUUCCCCCCUUAUACCCAGAGGCCCCUCGUAAAGGAGAGGUUUGGGGAUGGAGACUGUGUCCAUGAAACAUUCCAUCUUCUUGGCAAAGCAAGGGGUUGCUUUUUCAGGUCAGGAUGUGAAUGAAGCUGGAAGUUCAGAAAACCCCCAAUGAAGUGACCCUUGGCCUUUGACUGCCUUGAAAAACUUACCUCUGAGGAUUGCCCCUUAGGACCGGCCUUUAAUUAGGCAGAGUGCAAUCUGAGAGGGCCUCUCUUUUCUCUCUUAUGCUCUUCUCCACAGAUCUGGUUUAGUUGUUUACUGGUACACCAUUCCCAUGGUUUUGCAAUGGACUUGAAGCUGUUCACACCAGAGCGUGAUUUUCAGAGCCACCCAGGUGACUCCUGAAAACUGAGGGGCUGUUCUGCUCUUCUCACUGGGUAAAGUGAUCUUGCUUGGUGCUUCUUGGGCUUCAGCUCAGUUUUCCAGGUUGUUGGUGGCCAAGUGUGCUCUGUUACACUCAGUCUCGUUGCCCCACUCCCUCCUGCCCACCCCUUCUCCCUGCCCUGCAGUAAGAUUUUUGUACUUUGUCCCAUGGCUGUUUCACCAGGUUCUGCUGGGAUUCUUGCCUCCUUGGUACACACCGUUGCUGGUUCCCCCUUUCUAUGUCCUGUUCUAAUUCUAGUCCAUUGUUUGUAUAAGGCACAAGUUUUUCUGCUUGUCCAUUGAAAAGUAGGCCAGCUGCAGAGGCUGAUGAGCUGAAAAUGGAACUGGUCUCAUCAGGGGAGCUGGAAGGGAUGUGCGGAAGGGGCUGGGCAGAGGGGAGACAUGGGCUUUGAAGGCAGCGGACAGUUUUAUCCAUUAUUAGGAGGAGGCGUGGGUCUAGCAUUUGAGCACCUGAAAUUUUUCAGCGUUUUCGGUUAUGUUCACAAGAACCUUACAGUCUCUAUGCAAGUAAGUGUAAAAUAAAUACUAUGUCAGUCAGUAUUGCAAAAGGCUUCUAGCAGGGCCACCUUUCUGCACACACCACCCCCUGCUGGGACCUGGGUUAGUACUGAUGCCAGGAAUAUGGGAGGUGCCUUUAGCUUUUCAGUGGUUGAUUUUCCAGAGUUGCGAGUCAACAACUCCUCUUUAGUAAAAUGGGUAGAGUAAGUAAACUUCACCUGCCGUCAGAGGUUAAGGCCCUAGGAUGUGGUGCAACUCUGUAGGUAACAAAUCUGUGCUUUUACAUUUGGGCUUUUAAUAGAGUUAAGAACUCUAGGGAGAGGAAGGGAAGGGAGAUAAGCUUUGAGAUCUCUCUUUUAGAGGAUUUCUUAAAGUGAAAUCUGGUCCUGUUCACUACCCUGGAUAAAACUCUUUAAUGCUUCGCAUGGCCCAUGGGAUAAAACCCAUGUUCUUCUUUAUGGACUUGAAGGCCCCUCUUUCACUGGUCUUGGAACACCCCCACUUCACGUGGGGCCUCUGUCCCUUAUGCCCUCUGCCCUCCGGCUGCCCCUUCAGUCAGCUCUCUGAACACUGCGCACUCCCUCACCUCUGCUGUUCCCUUUGGAAGAUCUACCCCAGUUUUUGCUUGGUGAGCUCUUCAACCUUCCAGACUUACACAAGGGUUACCUCUGGGAAUUCUUUCCCGGGGUCCCCUGCUUCCAGCCCCAAUUUCAUAUUCCUUCUGCAGUAGUGACCCCAUGGUGAUAACGGUUGUGAAAAUUUUUGUUGCCUCAGGAAUUGUGAGCUCUUUGAAGCUGGGGAGUGGGGCUUGUGGCUGUGUUAGGAGUCUGGUUUGGAUACUUGCUCCAGCACUCGCUGAUUAUGUGCCUGUUGGAAAGUGAUUGACCCUCUCAGCCUUAAUGUUCUCAUCUGUGAGUUCUUAUCUCCCAGGGAUUUGGAGAGUAAAUGAGAUCCUACUUACGAAGUGUUUGUAUGUUACCCUGCCCCAAGCGAGAGCUCUCAUGAGGGCCCAGCCCAGUGCCAGGGAGCUAGGUGUUUAGAGGCAUUUAAAGGAAUGGAUUCACGUAAUGUGACAAGACGUCUGUGUGCUUUUAGUGAGUGUGUGGGGUUUGUAUUGUGAAAACCUUGAGUAUAAAGAGGACCUGACUGCGCCAAACUCAGUUUUCGGCCUCUUCCCGGAAGUUCCCUAGUAGUAGUAUGUUUGCAGGCUUCUAGGUUGUCUGGUUUAUAUUUGUCCUGAACUCUGCAGUGCUGUCUGGUGACCAUCCCAGCUACCUCCCUAGUCAGACAAGGAGCUUAGACCAAAACUGCUCCAAUGACUGACAUUUUCUCAGGCUGCAGGCCGGCGCUUAUUUCAGUCUUCAGCUCUGGGCUCAACGAGGUCAGAGGUGAAGGGAGGGCUUCGUUCCUAGACUUACACCCGAGCUGUCCAGUCCAGCAGCUGUUAGGUGCAUGUGGUUGUUGAGCACUUGAGAUGUGACAGUCUAGAUUGAGAUGCUCUGUAAAUGUACACUACACACUGAGUUUUGAAGACUUAGCACUAAAAAAAGAUGGAAACUUGAUUUUUAUGUUGAUUGCAUAUUGAAAUGAUAAUGUUUUGGACAUAAAAUCUAUUAAAAUAAAUCUAUUAAAAUUAA